GCUACAUCUGCUGAGGGCCUCUGCACAGCUGCAUGAUUAGGUGAGCAUCCCCAGUGGGGCUAGACUCAUCCUUGUGUUUUGAAACAUGCAUCCUUUUGCCUUCCUGACUGCACUUUGCUUGGGAAUAGUUUCAGCUACUAUAGAGCUUGAUCAAAGUUUAGAUGAACAGUGGAUCCAGUGGAAGGAGACACAUGGGAAGCAAUAUGGCAUGGUUGAAGAAUGCAGAAGAGCCGUGUGGGAGAAGAAUAUGAAAAUGAUUAUACAGCACAAUCAGGAAUACUAUCAAGGGAAACACCGCUUUUUGAUGGCAAUGAAUGGCUUUGGUGACAUGACCAAUGAAGAAUUCAGGCACAUGAUGAUUGGUCUUAAAACGCAGAAGAGUGAGAAUGGGGAAGUGUUUAAAGUCCCCUUCUGUGCUGGCACCUCUGUACCUGUCGAGAGAAAACAGACGUCCACUAUAAGUCCUGGUCGGUGUGCUUCUGGCUGGGCUUUUAGUGCAGCUGGUGCCCUUGAAGUACAGAUGUUCCGGAAAACUGGCAAACGUGUUUCCUUGAGUGUGCAGAACCUCCUGGACUGCUCUUGGCCUCAAGGCAAUGAGGGCUGCAAUGGUGGUCUAAUGAGUAAUGCCUUCCAGUAUGUUAAGGACAACGGAGGCCUGGACACAGAGGAAUCCUAUCCAUAUGUUGCAAGAGUGAGUGGAGCUCCUCACUUGUCACCAUUCCAGCUCUGCCCUUAGAGCUAAAUGCUUUUGAAGA